CCGCGGCCCCUACCCACUCAAUCUGAAUCAGUUGGAUUUCAGAACAUCGGACGGGCGGGCGUGUAUAGAAUGGAUCGCUAACCACAUCAGCAGUUUUUUUUUAAUUCCGCCUUCUAGCAGUGUUUGUUUAUACCUUUCGGCACACUAUCCGCAAAUCCUUCUCGAUUGUGGUGCUUUAAAUUUAUUUAUCUUCGCAUUUAAUUUACUGUCGUCCCGAUUUCACAUCGAGAAGGCGGCCGCACCAAGUUUGAAAGCGGCUUUUCAAGAGUAGUACACCUACUCGUUAUUUUUCAAUAUUGCUGUGUCAACGCAUCAGGCAGCCAUCAGGAUGGUGAAGAAAAUUUCAGAAGAAAGUGUAGAUAGCGGCGUAGGCCGUUGCAGCAGUCAGUCGUCGAGCGAGCGCGAAUCCGACGAGAGUCCGCGAGGGUCGGAGCCGUCGGCCCCUGUUCCCAUACCUGACAGCGAGGACCUGCAACGGCGCAAGGAGGAGGCGCGAAGGAAGCGCCGAAGGAAGAAGCGCUCUGGAAGCUCGGUGGUCACAUCGUGUUUCCAAGACCUUUACAAGCUCACGGGCGAGGUAUUGGGCGAGGGUGCGUACGCCUCGGUGCAGACAUGCGUGAACAUCUACACUGGGCAGGAGUUCGCUGUGAAGAUCAUCGACAAAGUGCCGGGGCACGCCCGCGCCCGGGUGUUCCGCGAGGUGGAGACCUUCCACUACUGCCAGGGACACCCAAACAUAAUCCAGCUCAUUGAAUUCUUUGAGGACACCGACAAGUUUUACCUUGUCUUUGAGAAGAUCAACGGUGGCCAGCUCCUAUCCCGCAUCCAAGAGCACCACUACUUCUCGGAGCCGCAGGCGGCCGAGAUCGUCCGCGAGAUCGCGAACGCCCUACACUUCCUGCACGGCAAGGGCGUGGCGCACCGCGACCUCAAGCCGGAGAACAUCCUGUGCGUGCACACGGACCGGCUGUGCCCCGUGAAGAUCUGCGACUUUGAUCUCGGCAGCGGGAUCAGCUUCACGUCCAGCCUCGCGGGGCCGCUGGCCACGCCGCAGCUCAUGACACCGGUGGGCAGCGCGGAAUUCAUGGCCCCCGAGGUGGUGUCGCUGUUCGCGGGUUCGGCGGCGACGCACUACGACAAGCGCUGCGACCUGUGGUCGCUCGGCGUCAUCGCCUACAUCCUGCUGUGCGGCUACCCGCCCUUCCGCGCGGACUGCGGCGCCGACUGCGGCUGGGAGCGCGGCGAGAACUGCCGCGCCUGCCAGGACCUCCUCUUCACUUCCAUACAGGAGGGGCGCUACACGUUCCCCGAGGAGGAGUGGGCGCACAUCAGCUCCGAGGCCAAGGACCUGAUCCGGCAGCUGCUGGUGCGCGAGGCGCGGCGCCGGCUGAGCGCCGAGCGCGUGCUGCAGCACGCCUGGCUGCGCCGCGCCGGCGCCGAGCUGCGCGCCGACCGCUACCCGCCGCUGCAGACGCCCAUCAACAUUAAACGCAACAUGUCGGCGCGCAACCUGUCCAACUUCGCGGAGUCGGCGAUGGCGGUGAACCGCGUGAUCCAGCAGCACUUCUCGAUGAACUACUCGUACCUGGAGCCGAGCGCGCCGCUACGCUGCAGCAAGUCGUGCCAGCCCGCCGCGCCGGGCCGGCCGUGCCGCGCGCCCGCGCCGCUCGGCCUGUCGCCGCCCGCCGACAGCCAGCUGCUGCGCCGCCGCAUGCAGGACGCGCUGGCGCACUAGCGCCCCGGGGCUCUCAUGUCGUGCCGUGCCCGCAAUACUCCUAACGCGCUCCCUGCCGGCGAGGCCCGUGCGUGACGAGCGCAGCCAAUAACACGAACAGAGAACCCGCUCGGGUCGCUGGCAGUGAUUACGUUGAGUCGGUGGACGAUUAAAACUCGUCGAACCUCUAAUAGCUCGGUGUUAGAUCCUGAGAUAUCAUUGUUUCGAGUUGAUUUAGUAAGGCUGAUCCUGGUGCAGAUGUCAAUUGAAAAUUCAGAUUAUAACCUUGAAAUUUGAAACCUCGGCACGGUCCAUGCUGCACUUUAAAAAGGAUUAGACGAGUUUAGAUUGUCAUCCAGCGAAUAAUCUGACCGCCGAUCUGUUAUUCUGUAAGCCGCAAAAUUGUAUUUGCAUAAUAAGCUUCAGUCGUUACGCGACAGAUUGACAGGUGGACUUCUCCCGAUUUCGCUGGAUAGUCUUGAAAUUUGUUUUUUCGUGAACGGGCGUCAAAACGUUCAUACAAUUCGUAGUAAAGCUGUUCCUUCUAGGCCACAUAUUUCUUGAAAUCUUUUCUAUGUAGGCGAGUUUUACUUAAAUCAAAUUUUAUUAACGUUUCGUCGUUCAUAUUAGACGCAGAGUACAGAUAUCGUAGCGUAUAAAGCCGAACGUUAGAAUUCCUUUUCGAUUAACUGAUGGAAUUCUAAAUUUGAGUUUGGCAAAAUGUACGUAAAUAGAAUACCCGGCGUCUAGUUCUCGAUGAAUGUAUUGCCGUGAUUGGCGCGGCGCGGCGCUAGAGUAGAUGUUGCUAGAACACGCAGGUGUCGCUCGGGGCGUCAGAGACACUGUGCCAACGGAUACUCUCCAGUGAUACGUCCGAUCGCAACCAUGUGAACGGUACUUAUAGAGCUGUAAACAGUUUUAUUUGAGCCUUUUAAAGAUAUAUUUUUAUGAAUAAAUAAAAACGACUGAAUAGUUUUUAUCGAUAGAG